UUUGUGUUGAAGUUUUUGUGUGGGUGUAUGUUUUCAGUUCUUUGAGGACACAGCUAGCAAGGGAAUUGCUGGGUCGUGUGGUGAGGCCGAUGACAUUUUACACUUGGUGACUAAAAGUCUUGUGAGUCUCACUUAACUCUGUGCUGCUUAACGUGCACCCCUGGGGUAAGAACACCCAUGGGGAAUACUAAGAUGCCAGCCAUUGUGGGAUCCGAUGAUUUGCCAGAGCACAGAGAAUAUGUAAGGAAGAGGUAGAGAAUUUCUGCGUCUCACGAGGCCAGCAUGCAUAGCACCACUUGAAGCUCUUGGUAGAAACACCGCCUUCGGGGCUGGGCCUCAGAGCGCUGAUUCCGUAGGUCGGGGCUGGGGGGCACCCAGGACCCGGCCUUUAUAAUAAGCUCCCCUGACAUGAUCAGAUGUUGAGCAGCCCUGCCCUAGACAGUGAGCGUCGUGAGAGCAGGUGCCCCAUGGUACCCAGCAGGCAGCCAGAGGCUCUUUGGACAAAUCAAUAUGAUCCUUUUUAUAAAUAGAGGAGGUUGUUGAAAAAUUCUGUUAGAUAGUCUCAGCAAAUUCCAUCUUGGCCCUGGCUUUGCACAUUUAGGGGAAGUAGGGAUGCUAAGAGCUGCUGCUGCUCACACCCUAUAAAGAGCCUCCAAGUAGGGACAAGGGUAGGGGGCAGAACACUUAACCUGAGCCGUAGGUAGGGGCCAAAGGUGGAAUGGUGGCCGUCUGUGCCUCUUCAGCAGCCCAUGAGCUCCCGGGAGGCCAGGGCUGUGGCCUUUGAGUCCUGGAGUCCAGCCUCAAGAAGGGGUGGGCUGUGCCUAUCCCCCAUCACCCCACCACCUUCCAGUGCCCUUAGUACCUCCUGGCAGGACAAGAGGGGGCCCAGAAGGCAGCUCUGGCCAGGACCCACCUGCAGGGUGUGAAGGGGACACUUGGGGUCAGGGCAGAGCCAGCCCCUCCGAAUGCUGAAGAGAAUGAAGUAAAGUAGGGCAGGGGCUUGCUUCAUUCAACCAUUCACUCACUGAUUGCAGGGUAUUUAUUGAGCAUCUGCUGUCACCUAAGUUUUACUGGGAGUGUUGGAACCUCUCUGUCCCUUUGACCCCCGCGUUUCCUUCCUUGGGCCAUCUGUGUCGUUAUCAUCAAGACACAGUGGCUUCUUCACAUUUCUGGUGAUGUUGCUUCUCCUUGUGCCAAUCCCCCAGUGGAUACCCCACUCUCCGGAGUGAGAACCCCAAGGAGGUGCCGCUGGGCAUGCACCAGGGAGGCUGUGACCGGAGUGGGCAUUGCCUUGCUUGGAGCUGGCUGCCUACAAGCUCAGCCAUCCAGCCUGUGGCGUCCACCCUGGCUGCAGUGCCUACCCAGACCUCAGGCCAGUCCUGGUCCAGCAGCUGUCAGCCCAGAGCAGCCAGUGAUGGCCCCGGGGGACCAGCCAAGGCAGGCGGCUCAUGCAUCCUGCUUCAUUAAUAAUGAAUGACCAGACAUUGCCCGCGCCUCUCCCUGGUCGCCUCAUUGACUUGGUGGGAGCCUCAGCCGCCCACGGCGCGCAGAGCUAGGAGCUGGAUCCCAGGCCCCCUCGGAGAGACUCAAGAAGCACCAAGAAGCAGCUGCUCCCCAAGACCCCCUGAGCCGCUGCCCAGGAGAGCAGUCACAGCAGCCCUGCGCAGCCCCUCAGGCCAUCACCUCCGGCUCCAAGAGUGGCACCAGAGAGAGCCCUCCCUUCUCCGGUCCACAGAAGGCAGCUGUGCUCGUCACCCGUCACUCAUCAUCAGGAGUAACUCGCAGCCCAGCCCUGCCCAACACUUUUGGAGACUACUGGGCUGAGGACUUGGGCAGCCAGAGCUGGACAAGGGUGGGGACAGAGGAAGGACCUGCAGAGACAGGAGAGAUGUGAGGGGAGGAGAAAACACACCCCCGCCCCCGCCAACCUCCAGCCAUGCUUCGAGCAGGUCUUCUGUAGCUCAGGUCUGGAAAUGUGACUCCCUGCCUCGGAGUGUGCAGCCUUCGUCCCCACCGUUGCCUUCGGAAAUCCUUGGCUUCCUUGGCUUCUGGAUAAAGUCUCGUCCUGGUCAGGGGAGAAGAGUUUCUAGGGGACAGAUGGCUCCUGAGCCCAAGGGAAUAGGGGACGCAGCCAGGAUCUGAGCGCCCGGCCUCAGCAUGCAGGUGUCCUUCGUGUGCUCGGAGCACAGCCUCAAGGGCCGGGGCCCUGAGGAUCGGCUGGGCCGACCGGCGGCCAGCAGCCCCAGCCUGGGCACCCGAGGCCGCUUCCGCGCCGUGGCCAUGGUGGCCCGGAGCCUGGGACAGCUGUCGGUGCAGAGUCUCCCGUGUGCCGGUGACACCAGCAUGAAGCAGCACGGGAUGAAAUAUAGGAACCUGGGCAAGUCUGGCCUGCGGGUCUCCUGCCUGGGACUUGGAACAUGGGUGACCUUCGGAGGCCAGAUCACCGAUGAGAUGGCAGAGCAGCUCAUGACCUUGGCCUACGAUAAUGGCAUCAACCUCUUCGAUACAGCAGAAGUCUACGCAGCCGGCAAGGCUGAAGUGGUGCUGGGAAACAUCAUUAAGAAGAAAGGAUGGAGGCGGUCCAGCCUCGUCAUCACCACCAAGAUCUUCUGGGGCGGAAAGGCGGAGACGGAGCGGGGCCUGUCCAGGAAGCACAUAAUCGAAGGUCUGAAAGCUUCUCUGGAGCGACUGCAGCUGGAGUAUGUGGACGUGGUGUUUGCCAACCGCCCGGACCCCAACACCCCGAUGGAAGAGACGGUUCGCGCCAUGACCCACGUCAUCAACCAGGGGAUGGCCAUGUACUGGGGCACGUCACGCUGGAGCUCCAUGGAGAUCAUGGAGGCCUACUCGGUGGCCCGGCAGUUCAACCUGACCCCGCCCAUCUGCGAGCAGGCUGAGUACCACAUGUUCCAGCGCGAGAAGGUGGAGGUGCAGCUGCCGGAGCUGUUCCACAAGAUAGGAGUGGGCGCCAUGACCUGGUCCCCUCUGGCCUGUGGCAUCGUUUCCGGCAAGUACGACAGUGGCGUCCCACCCUACUCGAGAGCCUCCUUGAAGGUGAAGGGCCAGCCUAGGGGAGGGACGGGCAGGGACAGGCAUUUUGGAGGGGUGGGACCUUUGGCCGGCUGGGCGGGGGUUCCAGGGGCCGCAGCUGCUCCCACCUCAGUCUGCUGGGGGCGGGCUCCUUGGCAUGAGAACAUGGAGCUCCUUCUAGCCUGACCCCAUGUGUAGAAG